AGUUUUUUUUCGCCCUCUGCUCUGUCUUGUCUGUGUAUCCGCCUUCACUUCUUCAGCACCAAUUCAGUAGUCAUACGUGCGUGUGGGUGCUCGAGCUGGGUGACGCUGCGUCCCGCUCUUGGGGAAAUACGAGGAAAGUCAAGCUACUUUAGAAGACGAUAUCAUCAUCAACCAAGAACCAACGUUGUAACCAACUGCUCUAAGACAGUGUUUUGCAGAUAAUACGACAAAAAUGGCAGAUCCAAUGACCCAGUCCUCUCAAAUAUCAUCGUCACAGGGACUCGCCGACGGACAGAACUCCGCGAAAGACUCGAAGUUCGCCGAUUCCUUUCUUUCCUCUUCGCCUGUUUCUCUCAUUCAGUCUCCUCAAGACAAAAGGGUGGUGGUAGGCUCUGAGAAACCCUCAGAAGGCGUGGCCACAUCACUUCGCUUUCAGCCGGGCUCCUUUACACCGGUCUCCUAUGGCAGUGAAACCACUGAUCGUUCUUACAAAGGCCCAGAGAAGAAGGAGUCCUCCGACUCCAACCUCACGUCUCCACAAGAGGAUUCGCCAAUAAAAAUGUCCCCCGUGUCUGAGAGGAUCAAGGCGCUGGAGGCUCUUGCCGCGAAGAAGAAUGAACCAGAGAGCAGGAACGAGGGAGGCUUUCCUCACUUCAGGGAACGCCACUACGAGAAAUCGCCCACAGAAGCCCCGCCCCCAGCAGCUUUCCAAAAGAAGACCACUCCACAGGAGAAGGAAUCCCCAGAAUCACCUUUUGAGGUUUUGGGAGAGACUGUGCCAGGAACUGACUACGAGGACACCGCAGACUGGAUGCGGGCUCACCUACCCCCGGCACCUAACUUCGGUACUGAGGAUCCAGAUCUUGAUGAUGGAAAAGAUGUCCCUGUUACGGAGACUGAUGGUGCUUCAAAAGGGAAUAAGCAGGAGGCCAUUUUGGCAGCAGGAGUUCCUGAGGCUUUUGCUGGUGUUCCUGAUGCAUUUAUGGACACUCCCAUUGAGUCUCCUGACCUUAAAGACAAUUUCAAAACAGAGAAGCAAGAGAGCAUGGAGGAAGAAUCUGAAUUUGACCUGAACUUUCUACCAACUGCAUACAUGUGGGACAAGCAGGAGAAUAAUGCAUCUAAAGGUCCUCCUGGUCAAUCUACAGCAAAAGAAUCUGAUAUUCCAGUGCCCCCUGCCACCGCCCCUCCUCCCGCAGGUUUUGGAUCUCCCUCUCCCCCUCUGUCCCCGCCACCGUCCCCACCCGCAUCUCCGCCACAGGCCAAGGUUCCAAAAACAGCAUUGAAGGGUGAUGCUGAGCCAUCUGAGCCCCAUGAGAUGGACAGUUCUGGUGAGUCAGAUGACACCGUGAUUGAGGAUGCCUGUGCUGCCAUCAAAGUGAACAGUGCUGCUCCUUCUGUAGAGAAAGAGCCGCAGCCAGCCAAACUGGAGAAGCAGCCCAUGCUGGUCCCCAUUAUCAAUGUUAUUGAGACUGAGGAGCAGGUAGUAAGUGAGGAAGAAUAUGAGCCAGAAGAGGAUGACGAUGAACGCUACAGGGUCAUGCGAGACCCAGUUAGAGAGCCAACGAAAGAACAAGAGCCCGUCUCCGAUGAGAAAAAAGCUGUACCCACAGACGCACCCUCGUCUGAAGACCACAAAUCGCCUACUGAAUCUUCUCAGGUUUCCACAACAGAAUCGGUUGAGUCAACUCCCAAGCACCCCAGCGGCCAAGAUGGUGGAGAUGUUGACAGUGUGGUGCAGACCACUCCAAAUGCAAGAGGCCUUAACAGAGGGGAGUCACAUGAUAAGGCUAUAGUCUUUGAGAGGCCAGACAGUCCAAACGAAUCUCUGUCAGAGUCAGCCAUCAAGUCUGCUACUGAGGGAAAAGAAGAGAAGUCAGUCAACAUUACGGAUCACAGAAGUAACAUGCCAGAUGAUGCAGAACCUGUAAUUGAUUCCCAUUUGAAUAACUUUGUUGCUCAGGAUCUCUCUCAGAAGGAAAAGCCAAAGUCUGAAUUGAUCUCAGAGGAUGAGUAUGCAUCAGAUACCCUUUCAAAAUCGACUGUUCUUCCAGAUCUGAAUGCUGGCUCACUUAUCGAUCAAUCCUACGAAGAUCACUUUGGAGAUGAUUCUUUACCUGGCUUGGAUGAGUCUUCUGAUGACCGACAGUUGAACUUUGACACUGUACCAGAGCCCUCACCUUCAGAUUUCUCCUCAGACAAUUAUAUUGAGACACUGGUUUCCCAAAACAUAUCCAAUGUUGGAAAUGAUGACAGCAAAACAGUGACUGACUCUGGUGCCCUCCCUUUGAUGGCUGAUGAUAACUACACCUCCCAUCCCGUUGAGGAACAGCCAUCCAUGCAGGAAUACCCUCAAGAUGACUUUUCAUACUACAGUGACCAGCCAGAUUCAUUCCCUGGCAUGGACCUUGAGCCCAACCAAGACCCAAAGGACACAAGUGCUGAACCAGGCGCACCAACUGAGAACACAAGUGAUCCCGAGAGCAUCGAGCCCGACUGCUCUGUCUCCUUGGCAACAGACAGUUUUGUGGAAUUCAUGAGGGAGUGCUUGAAGUCCCGGGAGGACGAGGAGCCAGAGCCGCUGCUCCUCAGUCAAACAACAAAGGCCGAAAAGCCUACCGUCUCCACUUCAUCUCCAGCUGCAGUAAUGGAUCUGGAACAGGAGAAUAACACCAUUCGUGCUCUGAAAGAGCUCGGGAGCAGUCAGGAAGACGAAGAAGACAACAAGACCUCACCCAAGUCCAAGACCUCAGAGCAGGAGAAGAAAUCCCCUCUGCCACAACCACAUGCCGAUGUCAUCUCGAAUCCCACAUGUGACUCCCCAGCCAGUCGGCAUGCAUCAGAGACCCUGUUGUCGAAAGAGGUAGAGGCGAUCGAUGUCUGGGUGGCAGAGGCGUACCACCUCGCUGAGCAUGUCUUGGCAGCAGUACUAACCCACCUGUCAGGUAACGCUCCUUCCCUCCAGGCUCUCCGCCUGCUAACCUCCCACGCAAGGAAAGCCAAGCAGUGCACCUCACCUUCCCAAACCCUUUCCCCACUUGGGCCGUGUUCCCAGUUUGAUGACCAGACUAACAAUAACACAAAUCGCAUGUGUGAGCUAGACUUACCAACACUUGACACCUGAAUGAUUAUUAAUUCAACUGAUUUUUUUAGUAUCAUAUGUUAUAUUUUUUGGAUAAUGAUAUUAAUUGAACAGUUAAUGUAACUUAGUGACUUCUAGUUCAAAACCCUGCAUUAUGCAGAAGUAGGCAGGCUUUACUCUAAACAUAGGUAGCCAAGUUGAGCCUGAACUGCUGUGUGCUCAGCUCCAUUGUAUGACCCUAUCCUACCUUGUGUCCCUAAAUGUUUGCAGACACCAACAGGCAUAGAUUGGGGGAAGGGGGUCUAAUCAUGGUCCCAUGGUGUCCUCUUGCACAGCCUGGAAGUCAGUCGGCACAUUUCUGCCUUGGUGCAACUUUCCACAGCCACCUCACAUUUACAGCACAUGUCUGUGCCAGGCUAAAGAUUUCGAAACAUGACAGUUCACAUUUUGCUAUCAGUGCAUUGCAGAAGAAGGAUAUGGUUUGAUUGAGAAACUAUUGUUGCCCAGAUAUCCUUUUCCUUAUCACAUGUAACAAUCUACACUACAGGCAGUUAGACUAGUAUGUUUUUUCACAGCUUGCAUCAGUUCACUCAGUUUUAAAGGCCCACAAAUCCCUCUUCUUCAAAAAUAACAAUGGCACCCCAUUUUCUAUUUUAACAGGCACUAAGUGUAACAAAUCGCCCUAAAUACUCUAUUUCUGGCUCCAUUUUACUAAUCAGAUUUUAAAACCAACCAAAGGAGAUGGCACAGCACACUCAUCUCCCAACUCAUGGUGAAGCAUUUGAAGUGAGCCAUAGUCCACACCUCAUCCUGAACCCUUGAAGAGCAAACAUGAAACCCAAAUCCUAUUAUGAGUGAAGUGGUAUGCAGACAGUACAGGCCUUGUGUCUGACGCAUGCAUCAAAACGUGUGCAUACACUGCAUGCUUCUCUCACACUGGGCAUGCUCUGAAUUUAAAGGUUGUUUCCCCGGUAACCAGAAACUAGGGGAAAGUGUAGACUUGAGGUUAGGCAGUGAAUGACAAUGUUUAACUGGAUUCCUAGGCUGAAUGUGUUAUUUCAGGAAUGCUUCGUUAUAGAGGUCUUAUCAGUGUGAACAUGGUGUACUGAUUUAAAUAAUAUACUUUAAUAUGACUCCUAAUAAGAUCCUCAUUGUUUGUGUAUUUUUCUCGCUCACAUUCUGCUGCUAACAAAAGGCCAGAAUUCCUUCAAGUGAUUUUGUGUACAUCUUUGGCAAGCAUUUUAAAAUGUGUUGUUGAGAUGUUAGCCAGUAUGCUGACUCGGAAUGCUCCAAAUCUGCUGAAGUGUUACACAACCAGUGCUUCAUGAAGGGGGGAAAAAGGUUUGCUCUCAAGGGUGUGGCUUGCUCAGUUGGCGCUAGUUUCCACUAGAGCUGUUUGCACUGCCAUGCCAGCCCCCAAUCAGAAGGACGUCACUCUCCUUCCCUGUGAUUAGCGUUGAAAGGGAAGUCUGAUUUGAUGAGAAUGCAUUGAGAAUUGGGCACCCUCAGCUUAGAGAGAUUCAAGGGAAAUGUUCUGCCUUUUAAGACUGUUCCAAAUCGGGCCAUUUGUCGGAGAAGAUAUCUAUUCACUCUGUGUGUGUGUGUGUUUGUGUUUAGUCUGUGUUUGCCUUUGUUGCAAGGCACAAGAGAUCAUGUCAAAUGCUUAAAUCGAAUAUGGCCAAAUGUUUAUUUUUGGCUUCAUAAUCCAAGCAGCAGUCUUGGACUUGGUUUGGGUUUAGCUAUUAGCAAGUAAAUCUGCCAGGUUAUUCUGCGAUGCAAUGAGGUCACACACACACACUUGCACGCACGUACACACACACACAUGCACGCACACAUACACGCUCUUCUCUCUCUCUCUCUCUCUCUCUCUCUCUCUCUCUCUCUCUCUCUCUCUGUUUUUUGUACACAAAUGCAUAUGCAUACAUGAAAUACAAAAUCUCAUUCAGACUUUAAUACACUCCCACACAAACACACUCAUGCAUGAAAACACACACACACCCCCACCCACACACACACAGGCCUGUACCUUUAAAAGCUGUGCAGUGGCAGUGCUGAAAAGAGGCCACUGCGGCUCGGCAGCCACAGGGACCCGCUGUUGGAUUUGGGGCUGGUAG